AUGCCCGAUCCACAGAAAAAGUCUCAAGGGACGCAGCCGCCAUCAACACUCUCAGCCCCGCAUGGUCAUCCCCUCCCACGACGUAGUUCACCAGCAAAUUCGAUAACACUACAGCAUCACCGAGCGACUCGCGAUGCAUCUCUUCGAGCUAGUGCGGGCUCCGUCCCUCCCGGUGGCACCGAUACAGCCUCAUCCCCUCGACGAGAAUCAUCUGGUGAUAGUCACAACACCAGUUCAAGCGAUCCUAACAAAUGGUUCGAUCACUCGAACAAAAACCCCACGGCGAACUAUGAAAGUCAUGCCAUGGACGUUGAUCCACCCUUCUUCCAAAAGGAAUCCGAUUCGUCGAACGAAGAGAAGUCUUUCCAGCCCCUCCAUCUCGAUGCUCCUCAGUUCGCAGGCCCCCAGAGCAGCAGCGCCGACGAAUAUCGCAGUGUGAUAGACGACUUAACGGUGGAAAUCCAACGACUUAAGGACCAACUGCGACGAUACAAGCAAAAGGGGCCCGAUACGUUGCGCAAGGAUAAGUUGUUUGAAAUCAAGUUCCAUGGCUUGCCGAGGAACAAGAAACGCGAGCUCGAGGCGACGCUCCGGGAUUUCGCAGCGAGUUUGGAGGGUUCGCCUAAUGGGUCUUCGUCGAAACGAGAAAAGACUUCCAAGCACACAAGCAGAAAUAACAUGUAUUCGGCUUCGGGUUCGAUGUCCAAGCAUGCAUCGUCUUCUACGGGCUCCCAUGCCCGCCCGGCCGAUUCAGCCUAUGCCUCGAUGUCGACUGGGGCUAACUCCUCAGGAACCUCACUGGCACGCCCAUCAAUGAGUUCCCGAGCAAAAUCAUCUGAACAGAAAGUGGAGAGCUAUCUUCGAGAUAUUCCCGAAGGGCUGUACCCUCGGCAUGUAUUAAUGACGGAUAAGGAGAGGAAGAAGCUUGUUGUCAGGCGUCUGGAGCAGCUAUUCACCGGGAAGAUAAGUGGCCGUCGUUUUCGCCGAAAUCAGAACAAUGGACCUCCACAGGCAGGGAAUACUACCCUUCUAGCUGUGGCACCUGACGAGCAGCAUCGGCCUGUUGUGAAUCAACCUCCAAGUUUGGUGAAUCCAGAACUAGCGAGAGAGGCGCGAAUCCUUCCUCCCGAGCUGCAGCCUUCCUCGGCAAAGAAAAGCCGUUCUCGUGACAAUGGCUCAGCGUCGAACUCUAAUGGAGACCAAACUGAGUCUGGAGGUAAUGGGAAUAGUAGUGGGAGUGGUCACGCAAACACUUCUCCCACAGGACCACCUCCUGCGCCUGACCAGCGUCCCACUCGUCUCACAGACCUCGACCCUGAUCGAACGCAAGUCCCUUCCGAGAACAUGGAUUAUAUUAAGCAUCUCGGCCUUGUCCCCCCCGGCUUGCUCAGCGAACCUUCGGAAGACGUACAUCCGGACGCCGAGGGUUGGGUAUAUCUCAACCUCCUGUGCAACUUAGCACAAUUGCACAUAAUCAACGUUACCCCUGCCUUUGUUCGUCAAGCUGUCUCUGAAAAGAGCACCAAGUUUCAGCUGUCCCCUGACGGACGCAAGAUUCGCUGGCGAGGAGGUAGUGAAGGUACCAAGUUCAGUAGUGACAGUUCUGGCGAGAAUUCAGCGAACAACAGCAUGGAUAUUGAUACGGAUAGCUUGGAUACAUCUCACAAGCGACAGAAGACAGGGCACUCGACUGGAACCGGUGACGACGUUCAAUCCGGAAGUUCAAGUAAAAGACUUUCCAAUUUUGGGCUGCAAUAUUCGUCCUCGGCGAGUUUCCAUUACAAACCCAUCUUUGUCCAUCAAAACUCAUCAAAUGGGCAACUUUCGAUGGACGAAACACUUUCAUCUACUGGACCUGUUGAUGAUAGCAAUGUGGACGAUUCUCGGUGGGGUCAGAGUGGUUCAGGAAUGUCAAACCGUCGGAAGAGACGCCAAGACGGCGCCAUCAUUUAUUACAGCGGUGCUCCAUUCUGCACCGACUUGUCUGGGGAUCCUGGAGACCUAUCGCCGACAGCAUAUAUGUUGUCGAGUAACCAAGAUACCUCCGGCGGCACUCGCCCAAUAACGCAUCGAUCACAAUCUGGAUCAUCCCUACCAUAUCGCCCCUUGAGUGAUCUCAAGGGAAGGCUGUCCGGCUCCUCUCUGGCCAUGGAUAUAGACAACGAGGACUCUAUGCCUGGACUGGCGACGGAUUUGAGCGAUGAUGCCAGCGAGAUUGACCUGGACCUGGAAUGGAGUGCUGAUCAGCAGUAUUUGGAAGUUCAUACUUUGGAACCAUGUGGCUUAGGCGGCGUGUUACCCGAAGACCACUUCAUGGUAGUCGUAACCACCAAGCGACCGAAAGGUGAAACCACCUCAUCCGCCGCAACUGGGAAGGGUAUGAGAGACGACGAGAUUACAGAGGGGAUCAUUGGGAGGUUGGCUUCCAUGUCGACCUCCUCGCCGGGACCUUUGUCGUCUUUGUCCGGUGAGCCUACCGGGCGACCCAUAAAGAUUGAAUAUGUGUCAGGGCGCAUCAAACGACUUGCACCUGUGCGGCUUCCCCCGCCAGCCAUAUUCUUCCCUCCAUUCAGUACAGACUCCUCCGCUGAUGACGAUGAUGAACCUGUCUCGUUUAGUUUUGAUGAUGAUGCAAAGUCAUCCUCCGAAGAGUUGGCAAGCCGCAAAGCCAACGUUCACCAUUCGGACGACUACCCGGAUGGGGUGGAUUUGAGCAGCGGCGAUGAAGAUGGAGAAGAACCAGAGAACGAACCCGACACACUGGGGAUGUACGACAGUGUUGGGAGAGGGAAUGGCCCCAGGCGGGCGGGGCGGAGAAAAAAGGGAUCUAAUAGCGCGGGCAUCCCUCUAGCCCAUGAGCCGAGUAAAGAUUCCGCCGCGGAAGGAUCGCGCGUGGGGGGAAGUUCUGCUGCCACUGCCAAUAGCAGCACCGGCGAGAUGAGUUCGUGA